AUGAAGGUGGACUCCACCACCGUCCCCUUGGUGGGCCUCCUCGAGGAGAUGACCGUCAACCAGCUGGUGGGAGACAAGCAAGUGAUCACAGUUCGCGAGGACGCUCAGCUCAAGGACGUCAUCAACUUGUUGGCCCAACAUCGCAUUCUGUCGGUGCCGGUGCUGUGCAAGGACUCGCGCGACGUGCUGGGCUUCGUGGACGUGAUGGACAUCCUCACCUUCAUCGUGCGCCUGGUCACGCACGGGCACGACAUGCAAGAGGCCCAGUGGAGCGCCUGGGCCAACGACAUCGUCACCCUCCAGGCCAAGGGCGAACAGUUCGGCCAGACCCACGUCAAGAAGGUCAUGGCUUCGUCGAAGGCGGACAUGUACUUCCCGGUGUACGGCCGGGGAACGGUGCUGCAGGCCAUGGAGCACUUUGCCGCGGGCCUUCAUAGAGCGGCGGUCUUCAACAAGACCAAUAAGGUCCUCACCAGCAUCGUCACUCAGUCCGAUGUGCUGCAGCUGAUGCUCAAGAACUUGACCGGCUCGUCGCUCGGGGUGUUGGGUGGGAAGACCAUCGACGAGCUCCAGCUGGGCACGUCGACCAACGUCAUCUGCAUGUCCACCAACGCCCUGGCCAUCCACGCCAUUUACCUCAUGUUCUUCCACAACGUGAGCGCGGUAGCGAUCACGGACGAGAAUGGGCGGCUGGUGGCCAACUUUUCGGCCAGCGAGCUGCGCGGGCUGGGACACAAGAACUUCGACUGGCUCCUCCUCAACAUCUCCGACUUCCUGGGUCGCAUCGCCUCCAUCACCCCCGGGGGUAAGCUGUUGUUCCCGCUCACGUGCCGCAAGAGCACGUACAUCGAGGACGCCAUCAACAUGCUGGGCACCUACCGCGUCCACCGCCUCUGGCUCGUGGACGACCAGGGCAAGCCGGAGGGCUUGAUGUCGUUGACGGACGUGAUGAGGCUGCUGCUCCCGAACGAUGCCAUUCCCGAGCCCGCGGGCAAGCCGCCCGGACGCAGGAAGUCGUGGGUCGAAGAGCCCGCCUCCACUUCCACUUCAUCCUCGUCGUGA